GGGGUCGGGUGUUUCGCGGGAAAGCCUAGUUUAUGCUUUAAAGAACUUGUUUGUGCUUUGAUAACUUGCUUUUAAGUUGGGUUGUGAACAUGCCUAAACGACGAAAUCCAUUUGGUGAUAUUGCACCAUUACAGUUUAAAAUCCACGUUGGUCAGAAAGAGUUGAGUCAGGGAGUGUUUGGGCAGAAAUACAAGCAAGAAAUAUUUGAGAAGACAAAGGCUUUGCUGUUCAGUGGUGCACAAGCUUUCAUGAAUGGCCUUCUGCAGAGAAAUAGUGAAUCCUGUACACUGAUUCAGAUUACUAGCCUUGGUGGCAAUCAAGACUCAAGCAACUGGUGUGGACAGACCGUUAUUGGCAAAGAUGGAAAGCUGUUGAAAAGCAUAUCUGCAUCACACAAAGCUGUACUCCAGUCAUGUUCCAGAGCCUGCUCUGCUUGUGUGAGAUCUGUUGGUGCCAUUGAUAAAUGUACCCAGUGUGAUCGAUUAAUAUGUCAGAGCUGCAGUAAAUCAUGUAGCUACUGUAGCAGAAUCUGCUGUUCCUUGUGCUUGGUUACAGCCUUUGAUGGGAGCUAUGAGAAGAUGCUGUGCAAUGACUGCUUACUGUACAGCUGAGAUACAAAUGGUACUUCAUCGUCCUACAGUGAAGAGAACUGUCUCCAGAAAACUUGUGUAUUUAUUGCUGCUUUCAUAAUUUUUAUGUAAAAGUAUAUUUUAAACUUUUUAUAAUACAUGGUUCUAUUAAAAUUGCUAUUUCAAAAA